UGAGCCGCUCUCUGAGGAUUCGAUCUCAUACACACACGCACACACACGAGCGCAGGAGGAGAAGGGCGGCCAGGCACAGAGCGGAAUAUAGCGUUAGUGUUCAGCAAGAGCAUCAUGGCACCUAUUGGAUUAAAGGCGGUGGUCGGAGAAAAGAUUAUGAAUGAUGUGAUCAAGAAGGUGAAGAAGAAGGGAGAAUGGAAGGCUCUGGUGGUGGACCAGCUGAGCAUGAGGAUGCUUUCCUCCUGCUGCAAGAUGACUGACAUUAUGACAGAGGGCAUCACAAUUGUGGAGGACAUCAACAAGCGGAGAGAGCCUUUACCCACCUUGGAGUCCAUUUAUCUCAUCACCCCUACUGAGAAGUCUGUGCAGACACUCAUUAGUGACUUCAAGGAUCCUCAUUCGUCAAAAUACAGAGCAGCUCAUGUGUUCUUCACUGAUUCUUGCCCAGAUCCGUUAUUCAAUGAACUGGUGAAGAGUCGUGCUGCAAAGUGCAUCAAGUCCUUGAAUGAGAUUAACAUUGCCUUCCUGCCAUAUGAGUCGCAGGUGUACUCUCUGGAUAACCCUGACGCCUUCCAGAGUUUCUACAGCCCCCAUAAGACUCAGAUGAAGAACCCAGUGAUGGAAAGACUAGCUGAGCAGCUGGCCACUCUGUGUGCCACGCUCAAAGAGUACCCUGCUGUCCGAUACCGCGGUGAGUACAAAGACAAUGCUACUUUGGCUCAGCUGGUGCAGGACAAACUGGAUGCCUACAAGGCAGAUGACCCCACGAUGGGAGAGGGUCCUGACAAGGCUCGCUCUCAACUCAUCAUUCUGGAUCGGGCUUUCGAUCCUGUCUCGCCUGUCCUGCAUGAGCUCACCUUCCAGGCCAUGGGCUACGAUCUGCUGCCUAUUGAGAAUGACGUCUACAAGUACGAAACCAGUGGAAUGGGAGACUCUCGGGAGAAGGAGGUGCUUCUCCAUGAGGACGAUGAUCUGUGGGUGUCUCUGCGGCACAAACACAUUGCUGAGGUGUCUCAGGAGGUGACAAAAUCGCUGAAGGAUUUCUCAGCCAGCAAACGAAUGAACACUGGAGAUAAGACCACACUGAGGGAUUUGUCUCAGAUGUUGAAGAAGAUGCCGCAGUAUCAGAAAGAGCUCAGCAAGUACUCUACUCACCUGCAGCUGGCUGAAGACUGCAUGAAGCAUUAUCAGGGCACUGUGGACAAGCUGUGCCGUGUUGAGCAGGACCUGGCCAUGGGAACAGAUGCAGAAGGGGAGAAGAUUAAGGACCCCAUGAGGGCCAUUGUGCCUAUUCUGCUUGAUGCCAGCGUCACUACUUAUGACAAGAUCCGCAUCAUCCUGCUCUAUAUUUUCCUCAAGAAUGGAAUCACAGAGGAGAACCUGAACAAGCUAAUCCAGCAUGCACAGAUCCCUCCUGAGGACAGUGAGAUCAUCACCAACAUGGCUCACUUGGGUGUCCCCAUCAUCACAGAUUCCACUCUGCGCCGGGGGAAGAAGAUGGACCGCAAGGAGCGUGUGAGUGAGCAGACCUACCAGCUCUCUCGCUGGACCCCACUGGUCAAGGACAUCAUUGAGGAUGCCAUUGAUGACAAGCUGGACACCAAGCACUAUCCUUACAUCUCGACUCGCUCAUCCUCCUCGUUUAGCACCUCCGCAGUCAGUGCCCGGUAUGGCCACUGGCACAAGAAUAAGACCCCUGGAGAGUACCGCACUGGGCCACGUGUCAUUGUCUUCAUCAUUGGUGGAGUGUCUUUCAGCGAGAUGCGCUGCGCCUAUGAGGUCACACAGGCCAACGGGAAAUGGGAAGCCAUCAUCGGUUCCACCCACACGCUCACCCCAACCAAAUUUCUAAUGGAUCUGCAGCAUCCCGACUUCCGAGAGUCCACUAGGGUGUCCUUUGAGGACUCCAUUCCCUCAGACGAUUGAGAGAAAGAGGGAAGGGUGGGAGAGAGAGAGACAGAGAGAGAGAGAGAAAAAGAGAAAUCACAGUCUGACAAAAGAUGAGCGUUUGGCCUCCGCCUCAGUGCAUGGAGAACCUGCCAGUCUAAAGAAGGCUCCACCCACUGCUGAUUAGAAGCCAAUCAAUCGGUGUCCAUAUCAGAAACCGACAGUUGAUGUUGGUCGUGAUCGAUGGGAUACUCAGACACGCAGAGCUGCAGUGAGCUCAACCCAUAUCUUCACCCCUACCGUGCUCCUGGACGCACUCAAGGCCAUGAACAAACCAGAUGAGGA